AUGUCUGUCAUCGCUACUGAGCUCUUCGCCCUCCGUCUCACCCUCGCUGCCUGCGCUGCUACUCGCACCCACCACCGCCGCUAUGCGAUCCAGCUCACACAGCCCAACCCCAACCCGCCGCCGGCCAUGGAGCUCGACAUCAACCCCGAGGACGGCUACGAGCUCAUCGCGCGCGGCGAACUCGCGAAGGGCGACGAGACGAUGCUCCCUGCGCCACCCUCUGAGCACGAGCUCGAGCGCCCUGAGCGCUCCGCGCGUGGUCUGCCUAUCAAGCGCCCCCUCGCGCCUCGCCGCUGCUCUGUGUCCAAGACCCAGCCCAAAAACCACCGCCUUGGUAGCAUCAGCCCCACCUGCUCUGGUACUCGCUUCCCCGACUACCCCAAGCCCGACUCGCCCCCAAGCGUCAAGAAGGCAUACGACGACUUCGUGAAGAGCAUCGAAGAACAAAAGGCCGAGCGCGCGAAGCAGAGCGAGGAGGCUGCUGCUCUUCCUGUUCGUCUGGAGGGCCCGCGGCAUCCGUCUGCGGUGGUUACGCCUGCACGCCAGCGCGCGUCGCAGGUGAAGCCUCGGGUGGUUAACAGCGAGCCCGUCGUGCCGGCGCUCGCUAUGCCCGCUCGUCACCGCGUCGAACACUUCGCGCCUGUUGCUUGCGCCGUUAACGCCUGA